AUAAAUCAUUAAAAAGAUAAUAUUCCUAAGUGCACGUGAGUAGCACGCUCUUCGAAUCCAAUAUAAAUUCAUUUUUUAUUCAAUUUCGAAAUCGAAUCACAACCUCUCAUCAAUCUGUGUGGCAGAGAAAGAGAUAGCCUUUUUUCCCCCAAGAUUUUGUUGCCCUCUUCAUCCCCAUUUUCACCCCAAAAAAAGAAAAAAGAAAAAAAGUAAAUCAAAGAAUCUCGUAGAAGGUAAAGCAGAGCAGCCAUGGCGAACAUGAUCAUGGCCUCUUCCCGAGCCCUAAUCACCGCUUCCAUCUCCACCCCCAAACUCAAACCCCAACAAUCCCAACCCCAAUCCCUCCCCAAAAUCUCGCUGCCGAACAAAGCCCAGCACCUCCUCUCCGCCGCCGCCGCCGCCGCAACCCUAACCCUAACCCACGCGCCGCCGUCUCUGGCGGCGGACAUCGAGAAGGCGGCGCUGUUCGACUUCAACCUGACGCUCCCGAUCAUCGCGGCGGAGUUCCUGUUCCUGAUGUUCGCGAUGGACAAGCUGUACUACUCGCCGCUGGGGAAAUUCAUGGACGAGAGGGACGCCGCCAUCAGGGAGAAGCUGAGCAGCGUGAAGGACACGUCGGCGGAGGUGAAGCAGCUGGAGGCGCAGGGCAACGCCAUGAUGAAGGCGGCGAGGGCGGAGAUCUCGGCGGCGCUGAACAAGAUGAAGAAGGAGACGCAGGUGGAGGUGGAGGCCAAGCUGGCCGAGGGGAGGAAGAAGAUCGAGGCGGAGCUGCAGGAGGCGCUCGCCAGCUUGGAGAAGCAGAAGGAGGAGACCAUCGCCGCGCUCGAUUCGCAGAUCGCGGCGCUCAGCGAUGAGAUUGUCAAGAAAGUUCUUCCCGUUUCUUGAUCACUCACUUUCUUUUUGAUUGAUGUGUUUUUCAAUCUAUAAACUAAAACUGUUCCAUAUGUAAUUACUGAUUUUUAUGUGGAAUACUGUUCGUUUACUCUGCAUGAUUG